AUGCAUCAGGAGGAGAGCGCAGAGGCCGCCGUGGACCCGGAGCAGUCGCCUCCUGCGACCUUCAAGGGCCGUCUCCAGCUCGACAGUUUCAAGUACAUCGCAUCCGCCGAGGCGACGAUGAGCCCCCUCCCCCGUCGAAAUCCACGGCGGACCGCAGCUGCAUCGUCCGGCGACGGCACCACGCCGGCGUCCGCCUCACCCCCACGAGCAAGCCCAGGCUCCAGCGUCGAGGCCGAGAAGAGGAAGCGAGCCCCGGUUGAUCGCCACUCUCCUCCUCCAGCAGCGGCGCAUAUCCCUGGGUCUCCCUCGACAAGGCAGGGCAAGCGAACAAGGACCGCCGGGGGCUACGCACCGCCGUCGACCUACGCUCACCUGCCGCUGCUCCCCGACGCUGUCGCCCCCAACCUGCUGGUCUUCUUCAUCGGCCUCAACCCGGGCAUCCAGACGGCCCGCACCGGCCACGCCUACGCCCACCCCUCCAACCUCUUCUGGAAACUGCUCUUCUCCAGCGGCAUCACCCCGCGGCCCUGUCGCGCCGACGAGGACCGCCACAUGCCCGCCCUUUAUUCCCUCGGCCUGACCAACAUCGUCGCCCGCCCCAGCCGCAACGCAGCCGAGCUCAGCAGGGCCGAGAUGGACGACGGCGUCGCCCUGCUCGAGGAAAAGGCGCGUCGCUGGCGGCCUGAGGCCAUGUGCGUCGUCGGCAAGGGCAUCUGGGAGAGCAUCUGGCGCGUGCGUCGCGGCCGUCCCGUUGGCGCUGAUUUCCGCUACGGCUGGCAGGAUGAAAGGGAAAACAUGGGCGUCACCGACGGUGAGUGGCCUGGGGCCCGCGUCUUUGUCGCCACCAGCACCAGUGGCUUGGCUGCCUCGCUGUCUCCGGCCGAGAAGCAGGCCAUCUGGGCCCAGCUGGGCUCGUGGGUCCAGGCAAGGCGCGCUGCGAGGGAGAGGGAGGCCGAGGCGGAUCGACGCAAAGACAAAGAAAUGGCUUCCUGA